CUCUCACGUCAGCCGCGAUAAGCCGUCCAGCCGUCUCGGCAGCAGAGAGAACCUGAGAGACCAGGAGCUAUCAGUAGCUGCUGCUGAUCUGUCAGUUCGAUCUCCCCCUCAGGAACGGUGACACUGGGUCAAAGCGCGGACGAAGGCCACCGAACCGAAACCUUGGGACUUACACGGUACAUAUAUCAUGGCAGCCCCACUCAAGCUGGCCGUCAUCGGCACCAACUGGAUCACCAACUCGUUCGUGCAGUCUGCGCACGAGAGCAAGAGGUUCCAGCUGGUGGCCGUCUAUUCCCGCAGCCUCGAGACCGCAGGCAAGUUCGUGGCCGAGACGCCGUCCAUCACCGACGCCUCUUCGGUCAGGACCUAUGAUGAUCUCGGCUCGCUCCUCUCGGACAGCUCCGCCGGGGUUGACGUGGUAUACAUUGCCUCGCCCAACUCUCUCCACUACGCACAAGGCCUGCAGGUUCUGAACGCACAAAAGCACCUGAUCAUCGAGAAGCCGAUUGCCUCCAAUGUCAAGGAAAUGACGGCCCUCUACGACCUUGCCGACUCCAAGGGGCUCUUCCUGCUGGAGGCCUUCAGGCACAUCCAGGAGCCCAACUUCAUCAAGCUGCAGAGGCUCCUGGACAGCGAGACCACCGAGGCAGGCAAGUUCGGCCCCAUCUACGGCGCCAGCCUGUCGAUGGCCGUCUACUCGUCCCGUUAUGCCAAGGUACUCGCGGGCGAGGAGCCAAACGUGCUGUCGCCCAAGUUCUCGGGAGGUGCACUGUGGGACAUGGGCUGCUACCCCGUGAUGUUCUCGGUGGCGCUGUUUGGGAAGCCAGCAGCACAGACGUACCACCCUGUCAUCAUCCGCACGGGCGUGGACGGUGGCGGGCACAUGAUCCUCCAGUACAGCGCCGAGUCAUCCAGACACAAGGCCAAGUUCACGGUGCACGCGCACACCAGCAAGAUCUACACGUCGGCGGCGCCCACGGAGAUCUACUGCGAGAAGGGCACUGUCAGGGUCAACGGCGCCACCGGGGUGACUGACAUCAACACGAUAGAGUUCGUGCCCCGAGGCUCAAAGGAGGGCGAGCAGCUGGCAGACACCAAGCCCGAGUACCAAGGGCUGCUGAACCUGACAUGGGAGGCCAAGGAGCUGGCCCGCAUCAUCCAGGAAGGUGACAAGCAGGCCGAGGGCAAGCUGAGAGAACUGACGACUGAUGUCCUGACUGCCAUGGAGAGCAUGAGGAGGCAAAACGGCAUUGUGUUCGAAUCUGAGAAAUAAGGUCACGCCCAGGCGCACCUGCAGCUGAAGUAGGAUCAAGUGCCCAGGUGGCUGUGAAGGAAUCGACACUUAGACUAGAUGCCAGAAUAAUCGGCGAAUCGUCCAUACGUACCAGUCAUGAUUGCUGCUCGUG